AUGGCCGGCCACCGCGUGCUGGACGACUACUUCCUCGCCAUCACGUUGUUGGUCACCGUCGCGUACCAGCUCAUUGGAUUUUCGAUCGCCUUUACCUGUAAAUUCGAUAAGCUGACGGACUUUGCUGGCGGCACCAAUUUUAUCAUUCUCGCUGUCCUCACCCUUGGUCUCUCCGCGACACAUACAACACGGCAAAUCCUCGCAUCACUGUUUCUCAUCCUUUGGGCAUUCCGACUUUCUGGCUUCCUACUAUUCCGCAUCCUCAAAACCGGCACAGACACGCGCUUUGACGACAAGCGCGACAAGUUCUUUCCGUUCCUCGGCUUUUGGGUCUUCCAAAUGCUGUGGGUCUGGACCGUCAGCCUUCCCGUGACCAUUCUCAACUCGCCGAAUGUCGCGGGUCGAUAUGUACAGCCUACAUUUGGUACCGCCGCCGACAUCGUUGGACUGAUCAUGUGGGCAGUGGGAUUUCUCCUCGAAGCCGUCGCCGACGUGCAGAAGUAUCGCUUCCGCUCAAGUGAAGCCAGCAAAGGUCGGACGUGUGACGUCGGCCUGUUCGCGUGGAGCAGACACCCGAACUACUUCGGCGAGAUCCUCGUGCAGUUCGGCAUCUUCACCCUCGCUGUCUCACCCUCCGCGUAUGGUUACAUCCCGCAGGGUAGCGGCGCCUACGCAGCGCAGUACUCCAGCAUGGUGGGCGCGUUCUUCCUCACGCUGCUGCUGCUCUUCGUGUCGGGUUUGACGCUGCAGGAGCGGCCUGGCGCUAAGAAGAAGUUCGAAAACGAUGGUCCGAGUGGCCCAGCCUGGAAACAACAUCGAAAAUGGCUCGAAAGUACGAGUAUUCUCAUCCCCAUGCCGCCGUCCGUGUGGAGGGCCCUCCCGACGAUCGUGAAGAGGACAGUCGGCUGUGAGUGGCCGAUGUAUGUCUUUGAGCCCGGUAAGCACGCGGAUGCGAAGGCUGUGGAGGAUAGUAGGAGAAGAGAGCGGGCCGAAGGGAGUCAGGAUGGGCUGUUCAGUGCUUGA